GUCGAGCUGGAGCGCAGUUCGCAUGGGGGAGUCUAUCCCGCUUGCCGCCCCGGUCCCCGUGGAACAGGCGGUGCUGGAGACGUUCUUCUCUCACCUGGGUAUCUUCUCUUACGACAAAGCCAAGGACAAUGUGGAGAAGGAACGAGAGGCCAACAAGAGCGCUGGGGCCAGCUGGCUGUCGCUGCUGGCGGCCUUGGCGCACCUGGCCGCGGCCGAGAAGGUCUAUCACAGCCUCACCUACCUGGGGCAGAAACUAGGGGGCCAGUCUUUCUUCAGCAGGAAGGAUUCCAUCCGUACCAUUUAUACGUCCCUGCAUAAUGAGCUGAAGAAGGUGGUGACAGGCCGAGGAACCCUAGGUGGGACUGCUCCUCAUGUGGAAGAACUCCUCUCCCACCUGUCAGAGCAGCUCUGCUUCUUUGUUCAGGCUCGGAUGGAGAUCGCAGACUUCUAUGAGAAGAUGUACACCCUCAGCACACAGAAGUUCAUCAAUGCUGAAGAGCUUGUGGGCCUUUUGGACACCAUCCUCAAGAAGUACAGCGCCAGAUUUCAUCACCCAAUCCUCAGUCCUUUGGAGAGCAGUUUCCAGCUGGAAGUCGAUGUCUUGAGUCAUCUCCUGAAGGCCCAGGCUCAGGUCUCGGAGUGGAAGUUCCUCCCUUCCCUGGUUAACUUGCACAGCGCUCACACCAAGCUGCAGACCUGGGGCCAGAUCUUUGAAAAGCAGCGAGAGACCAAGAAACAUUUGUUUGGAGGGCAGUCGCAGAAGGCUGUUCAGCCCCCACACCUUUUCCUUUGGCUGAUGAAACUCAAAAACAUGCUCCUGGCCAAGUUUAGCUUUUACUUUCACGAGGCACUGAGCCGACAAACUACUGCUUCAGAAAUGAAAGCGUUGACUGCAAAAGCUAACCCAGACCUUUUUGGAAAGAUUUCCAGCUUCAUCAGGAAAUACGAUGCUGCCAAUGUGUCCUUAAUUUUUGACAACCGAGGUUCAGAGAGUUUUCAGGGUCAUGGUUAUCAUCACCCCCACUCCUACAGAGAGGCCCCUAAGGGCGUGGACCAGUACCCAGCCGUGGUGUCUCUGCCCAGCGAUAGGCCUGUCAUGCACUGGCCCAAUGUCAUCAUGAUCAUGACAGACCGCACAUCUGACCUGAACAGCUUGGAGAAAGUGGUCCACUUCUAUGAUGACAAAGUUCAGAGCACCUACUUCCUAACCCGCCCAGAACCUCAUUUUACCAUUGUGGUCAUUUUUGAGUCAAAGAAAUCGGAGAGAGACUCCCACUUUAUUUCCUUCCUUAAUGAGCUCUCACUUGCUCUAAAGAACCCCAAAGUUUUUGCAAGUCUAAAACCUGGAUCCAAAGGUUAGCAGGUGACUUGUGUGAAAGAUUCUCAAAACUAGGAAUUGUUUUUAAUGGCUGUGAUGAUCUACAGUGGUCUGUGAUUAGAAUUUACAUCCACUCAUGCUUCUCUCAGAGUUAAAUUGAAGGCAAAUCCUCCCUAAUUGUGUUGCACACUUUAUAAGUAAUUAAGGCCAAUUGAAGUAAGGCCAAAAGUAAUCUAGGAAAUGAUCAUGGGUUGCUGUAUGUAUGCAUGGUAGAGCAAAGUAGUUUUGGUAUUUUCUCCUAUUUUCCUGUAAUUCAUUUAGACUAGUGGUCUUUGAUCUUUCCUUUCAGAUGAUUUUUAUUAUUCUGAUUAUUAUGUUUUAAUGCAUUUCCAAACACCUCUCUCUUCCCUACUUUCCUGGAAGAGUAAUUGGGAUAAGAUAUUAAAUGAGUAUGUUUCCUGUCUUUUAAAUUAGCCAGUUAACAUGGAGCUUUUAGUUUUAUAAUCUGAUAUACAAAUUAAUAUUUUGAUGCCACAUCAUGUUUUAACAGUUCAAAGACCUUCAUGGCAGAUUUAAUGGCCAAUAGCUUCUUUCAGAGUGAAAGAACUAACACAUAUUUUUUUACCAUUAUAAGGUGAAGAGUUUUUCACUGUCAGCAUAAGCCAUUUUAUGGGUUUCCUCAUUCUUCAGCAUAUUAUCUCCUUUAAUUUCUGUUUAUCACCGUCCUGUUGAAAUAUAAGUUCAUGUUUGACUCUCCUUCUGGUUAAUUUUGGGCUUAGAAAGCAUGCAGUCUUGGUUUUUCAGUCACUUGUAGUUUGUCACACAACAGAGCCUACUUUUAUAAAAUCAAAAUGAAAGUCUUUUGAUACCUUGCACUUGCUAAAAAUCAGUUGUGCUUUAAAAAAGAGCUCUUUGUAGUUGAGUAAUCAACUCAGUACCUAUGCACAUUUGAAUUUGGGUUUCUGUGUUCCACCCUAGCCUGCCUUACCAUUUUCCUGUAGUAGGUGUUCAUGGGGAAGUAGGCAGAUCAGUGAAGACAUCAAAGUCUAUGAAGACCUUCACUUCUGUCAUUGUUCAGAGUAACAAUAGCCACAGAGAAUAACUGAAUCGUUACUACUUGAUAGUUCCUUCAAAGCUUCUGUGAAAUGUAAAGGCCAGAUCAGUCUUGUUUUUCAAGAUCCCAUGGACCAUUAUUUGAGGGUCCAUAGCAGGGAAGGAGGGAAUCAGCACAGCUGAGACUCAGCAUGGGAGGCCCGCCUGCCUCACCUAGACUACCUGGUAGAGAAACCCACUGGCCUCUUUUCUGGAGAGAACAUGUAUCUUUCUUUUCUUUAUUUCUCUCUCUUUUUCAUCAUAUUAUUUGUAAAAAGCUAGUUUACUUUAAAUAGAAAGUAGUGUUUACAUCUGCAUUGUAUUCACUCAAGUUUUAUAAAAAUAUGAAUAUAUUUUACAUUGAUCUAACAUAAAAGUUGAAAACAAUGGUACUAAAGAGUCAAAUAGUUUUUCCUCCCUUUUGUAUUUUGCCAAGAAACUGAAAAAUGUUCCUUGGUGUGUAUGUAUCUUUCUUUUCCUAGGUAAAACCACCAUUAGCCUUAAUGAUAGGGUUCCCAUGUAUCUAAAAGAAUAUAUGCUUCAGGGCCCAGGAUUUAGCUCAGUGGUUCCACUGCCUGCCUCACAAGCACAAGGACCUGAGUUCUAUCCCUGGUACCAAAAAAAAAAAAAAAAGAAUACAUGCAUCAGUGGAACACAGAGAGGAAUGUAAAUAAAACAUACAUACAAUACUUAAGCAGUCAAAUAUAUACAUAUUUGAAUUGUAUAUUUAUUUUUAAAUGUAUUUUUAAAAUAAACACAAUUUACAAUGGACAGAUGGUAGAUGUGACUAUUAAAAUCUAAGAACAUAAAUUCAUAAUUUGCUGUGCAGCUGUCAUAGUCUAUUGAUGGAGUCUUUGAAGAUUAAGUAUUGAUACUUUAAUCAUUUCUUAAACUCUUCAAUAAAGUUUUCUAAUUAUAUUAAAAAGACAUAUUUUGGUUCAAAACAUAAAGUCAUUUUUACUCUUAAGAUUUAUCCUCUAAGGACAGUAAUGAGAUGAUGUGUAAUGCCUGUGUUUAACUAAUUUGAAGAGUAAAUGUGUACAUUCUCUGCAGACUGCCUACUUUGAAAUUUGUUUCUAAACUACAGCCUGAUAAAUGUUUCUGGGUAACUGGGAGUAGCAGUCAACACUGACUCUGCCAGAGUCCUUCAAGGAGUGUUUGACUUCAGGGUGCUGUUUUGACACAGGAUGAACAUUUACAACUUUGUCUCCUCAUCAGUUCAACCUGGAAUCUGAUAUGUUAUUUUUUGGGGGAGUGUGUGAAAAUAAAGCCAAGAGAAAUCAGUGUUCUAUAUAGAACUGAUUUGGACAUUUUGGGGAAGUUUGCUUUCAAGAAAGAAAAUAAUUGAUACUUCACUGUCCUCCCUAUGGAAUCACUUAGGUGAUCUUUAUAAUAUGUCCACACUGAUCUAGUAGCAAGUUAGCCUGAGUUCAAUUUCCCUGUCUUUAAAAUGGGAAUAUAAAAGUAUACUCCUUUUUCAAAGGCUACUGUAAGACUGUAAUGAAAUCAUGCAUACAAAAAAGGGUUUGAAAACUUGCUGGGGUUUGAAAGCUGUAUAAAUAAAAGAUGAAGCCACUCUUCCCUUAAACUUGA